AUGUCCGAAGGGACACUUGCAUCGGCAGUCGCCGUGCCAGAACAAGAUAAUCUACGCCAAUCCCCUGAGUUCCCUACAAAACGACGAAGAUCCUCAGCGACUGAUCACGAUUCGAAGCGUCGUCGGUUCAGUAAUGAAGGCGAUCUCUCUCCGCAUUCCCAGCACAGGCAGCUGUCGCCACCGGCGUCGGCAGCGCCUGAAAAGCCCACCGAGCGUAAACCAGCGCGACAAGGACGAGAAGAUGAACGUCGGCGGGGACAACGCCUGUUCGGCGCUCUGCUGGGCACACUCUCACAGCGCGGAUCGAACUCACCGGCGCAAAAGCGACGCGCAGAUAUUGAGAAGAGGCAGCAAGAUAAGCUGAAGUCGCAGGCGGAGGAGUAUGAUGGAUUGAGAAAGCGCCGGAAAGAGCGUCGGGAAUUGAUCCGCAAAAAAGAGAAACCUUUCUAUGAACGUGAGGCGAUGCGCACGCGUCAUUCGAAUUUGAUCGCCAUGGCCCAUUUUCUGAAGACGAGUACUGAACCCGUCCUAUAUUACAAGCCGUGGCAACUACGAUCCGGCGAUGAAGCAGUGAUUCGAGAACAGAUCGAAGAAACCGAAGCGAGAAUCGCUCGUGAAGUUGCCGAAUUUGAGGCCCAGUAUCCGUCCGAAGCCUUUGUGCCCGAAAAAUUAGAGCCCAUCGCAAAAGAGCAACAACCGGUAGGGCAUGAAGAGGAAUCAAGAAAUGCGCAGCAACAGGCUGAAUCCACUACCGAGCCAGCCUCCGCUCCGAACCCCGAAAAGACUUCAGCCGAGACCAUCAGUGCCGCAGAAAUACAUGGAAGCAAGGAACAAGGUUUGGAGCAGGCUCCAUCUGAUGUGGCUUCCCGUGAUGAGCAAGAAAUUGCCGGCCACGACCAUGAUGCACAUCGCGCCCAUGACGAUGAUGGAGGGGAAGUGGAAGAGGAUAACGAGGAUACUGUCAUUUAUUAG